AUGGCCGACGAGGAGCGUAACCAUGCGCUUUUGUCGUUCAAGAACAAGCUCCUAGAAUCCAGAGAAUGGGAGGCAAAGCUGAAGGCGUUACGGUUAGACAUCAAAGGCCUCCAGAAGGAUUUCGACCAUACGGAGGACAAUAUCAAAGCUUUACAAAGCGUUGGGCAGAUCAUUGGGGAAGUGCUAAAGCAGCUUGAUGACGAGAGAUUCAUCGUCAAAGCCUCAUCCGGACCCCGAUAUGUCGUUGGUUGCAGAUCGAAGGUCGACAAGGUGGCGCUGAAGCAGGGGACGAGAGUUGCGCUUGACAUGACUACGCUCACAAUAAUGCGGAUGCUGCCCCGAGAAGUCGACCCGCUUGUUUACAAUAUGUCUUUGGAAGAUCCCGGUCAGGUUAGCUUUGGUGGUAUUGGAGGUCUUAAUGAGCAAAUCAGGGAACUGAGAGAGGUCAUCGAGCUUCCAUUGAAGAACCCGGAGCUAUUUCUGAGAGUUGGUAUCAAGCCUCCGAAGGGUGUCUUGUUGUAUGGACCUCCAGGUACGGGAAAGACGUUGUUGGCGAGAGCUGUGGCUAGCGGUCUAGAAACCAAUUUCUUGAAGGUCGUAUCCUCUGCCAUCGUCGACAAAUACAUCGGAGAAUCCGCACGUCUGAUUAGAGAAAUGUUCGGAUACGCCAGGGAACACGAGCCAUGCAUCAUCUUCAUGGACGAAAUCGAUGCUAUCGGAGGACGAAGAUUUUCAGAAGGUACAUCAGCGGAUCGUGAAAUCCAACGGACACUGAUGGAGCUUCUCAAUCAACUUGACGGUUUCGAUUACUUGGGCAAGACGAAGAUCAUCAUGGCUACGAACAGACCCGAUACCCUUGACCCUGCGCUUCUGCGAGCUGGGCGCCUGGAUAGGAAAAUUGAAAUUCCUCUCCCGAACGAGGUCGGCCGUUUGGAGAUUAUGAAGAUUCACGCUGCUGGCGUGGUUACAGAGGGUGAUAUUGACUUUGAAAGUGUUGUGAAGAUGAGUGAUGGGCUUAAUGGAGCUGAUUUACGAAACGUCGUUACUGAAGCUGGUCUCUUUGCGAUCAAGGAUUAUAGAGAUGCUGUGAACCAAGAUGAUUUCAACAAGGCGGUCCGUAAGGUGGCAGAAUCGAAGAAGUUGGAGGGUAAGCUGGAGUACCAGAAACUCUAG